UUUACAAACCGCAAAGAACUGAAAUCAAGGCAUGGAGAAGAUUUGUCGCGUUUGCCGAGACGCCACAGCGAAUUUGGUGGACAUCUUCACCACUCAACACCAGCAGAACGGCUGCCCCAGUUUGGCGGAGAUGAUCAGCGAGUGUACAAGCUGUGAAGUCAAUCGCAACGAUCCGCUGCCUCAGCAAAUGUGCUCGGCGUGCGUUGGCGAUGUGGAAAACUGUUUUCGCUUCAAGCAGAAAUGCGAGCAGAGCCAUUUGUAUUUUUGGCAGCAGCUAUGCGCCAAGGAAAUGCUCGAAACAGCCGAUUGGCAGCUGGCCGCACUGGCAAAGAAUGUGACCAAAGAGGAAGAAGAGGAACGUCCACAGGAAGAGGACUUCCAAGCAAAGCUGGAAACACAAUCGAAUACAUCGCAAUCGUCAUGGAAUCAUCACGACUCGCUUCCAGCCUUCCAGCAGUUGGUCAAAUAUAACAGUUUCAUCGAGUGCGACGUUCAAUUCGAAACGAACAGCGAAUUGGAAAGGAAUUCCAAUUCCAAGCCGCAUUUCUGCUCCAUCUGCGGUAAGGAAUUCAUUAGCCUCAAAAAACUCGGCAUCCAUGAGCGAUUUCAUGCCAGGAAACGAGAACACAAAUGUCCCCAGUGCUCGAAGGCAUUCCUCAAUCCCGGCAAUCUGGCGGAUCAUCUGCGGGCUCACACAGGCGAACGUCCCUACAAAUGCCCCCAUUGCGUCAAGGCCUUCACUCAGCGAGGUCGCCUCAACGAACACAUUCGCACCCACACCGGCGAGAGGCCCUUCAAGUGCCACGAGUGCCCCCGAUCCUUCGCCAGUGCUGGCAAUCUGACGGUCCACAAGCGCAUCCACACCGGGGAACGUCCGCACAAAUGUAAUCUUUGCCAUGCGGCAUAUGCCCAGCCGGGAGCUCUGCAGCGGCACAUUCGUUCCCAUGACGGCGAUCGGCCAUUUAAAUGCGUCAUCUGUGGCAUGUCCUUCUCGAGGAGCUCGUACCUCAAGCGGCACAUGCACAGCCACACAGCAGAUGCUGCAGCGGGAGGAAGAGAAACUAUUUAAGGAUAUUUUUACAAAAAGGCUGAGAUUUUGAUUUUGAUUGAUUGACAAACAAGCAAAAAAAGACGAAUAGUUAUUAAUAAGU